AUGGGGGGUGGUUGGGGGAAAAACCAUGUGCCGCCCACUGGUCCUCGGGAAGAACUGGCUCCAGUGCUCCUGCAUGGCAUGUCAAAUAUGGGAGGGAGGAAAAGCAAUGGCCCCACCCUCAAAGCAGAUCCACUGAUGCACCGGUCCACUGGCUCCAGCGCUCACGGACACAGUGGGAUGCUAAACAUUGGAGGGAAGAGAGGCAUUAGCCCCGCCCCCCGCAGCAGCCCUGUCAGGAAGGCCAUCAAGGCGCUGGAGAUGGGGCUGUGCCGCGGGCAUCUGCGCAAGCGCAUCUGCGCAAGCCUGUACCUCCACUUCGCCUACUCCUGCUUCCAGAUCCUGCCUGUCACCUGGUUUCUGCUCUGCCAGCUUUGCAUCUUGCUACCACCUAGCCUGCAUCCGGACGUGCUUCCGAUGCGUUGCAUGCAGUAUUGCAUUACCAGACAAGGCGGUUUCCAGCUCCAGCCUGCAGGCACUUGUGCCCCUCUGUGCCCUGACCACCCUGUUCCACUUCCCAGGAUUAUCGGGACCAGAGUUGCAAGGGAGGCCUCCCUCGUCAUCUCAAGCUCCAAAAAGCCAUAUACAGAAGGGCCAGAGGACGAGGAGGCCAUUGCCUGUGAGACGAUUGAGUCAGUCGGUAGCUUUGCUACCUAUUUCAUCCCAAUUGCUUAUAUGGUGGUUUUCUUGUUGGAUCUAUUAGGCAAUGGGCUGGUGAUGUAUGUGCUAACAGUAAGACGCUCCCCUUGGCUUCUAGCAGACCACUACUUGUUCCAACUUGCCUUGUCAGAUCUUCUUCUUGGACUCACUUUGCCUUUUUGGGCCUUCCAGUACAGUUUUCACUGGAUCAUUGGUGACAUCCCUUGCAAGAUUCUCGGAGCUCUUUAUACCAUAAAUAUAUACAGCACCAUCUUCUUCUUGGUGAGCAUAAGCAUAAAUCGCUAUUUCUCAAUCGUCCACGCCAUAGAACUUCAUAAAAAGCAGCGACCUCUGCACACGGUUUUCAUCUGCAUUUUUAUCUGGGUGUUCUCCUGCACUCUAUCCUGGCAAGAGCUUCAUUUCCGAAAAUCCGAAGGCUCAUUUUGCACGUAUAACUUUCCUUUAGGUCAGUCCACUUUUUGGAGAGUUGUUCUACAGCUUUUAGAACUUGCCAUUGGAUUCAUCCUUCCAUUAGUGUUUAUGGUGUACUCCUACUCUCGGAUAUUCUGCACACUUCAAAGGUCCAGGCACAACCACUCUCGACGAUCGCAGAUGGUUAUUAUAGUCCUUUUACUUGUGUUUGUCUUCUGCUGGACACCUUACAAAGCUUUACAACUUGUCGACAGCCUGCAACGUUUGAAAAUUAUCAGUCGUGACUGUUAUUUGGAGAAGAUCCUGGACAUUGGGAUGAUUGUCACCGAGGCUUUGGGUCUUUCUCACGUGUGCAUAAACCCCAUUGUGUAUGCAUUUGUUGGUGUUAAGUUUAGGAGAGAAAUCUUUAAAGUUUUCAAAAGAUUGUCCAACCAGGUCUUUCACUCCACAGUGGUUAUCUCUAGAGAUGGGACAAUCUUCACGGACUCUAACUGCUCCUAUUCUAGAAUCAUGUGACCAUCU